CUCUUCUGACUGGGCGGGUAUUGUGAUUGCUCACAUCGUGGACGCGGACCGAGUCUUGAGUCGCACCUCAUCAAGCCAUUUGUCAGGAGUCAGACUCACAUAGUGCUCUUGAUGACGAGCUUGGCAAGCUGGGAGGACGCAAGUCAUGCCAAGGGAUAUGAAGAUUCUCUCCUGCACCCGCUUCAUGAUCAAGAUCUAGUCGACCACGUCUUGCUCUCAUCUAACGACCUCUCACGCUUUACGAAACGCCAGCCCGACAGCCUGCCUCUCCUCCAAAUCCAGCCCUGAAAGCAUACAUCUUGCGCAAUGGUCAAGCCUCAUCGUCUCAGCGUGAUCUCACCGGCCACAAAGCUGCCAUUUCCAGGCGAGCCUGAUUCUCCUUCGACGCAGGCGGACGCUGCAGCCACCAAGCCGAAGCCGCAGCAGAAGCCAUCCUCCAAGACGUUCCUGGACCACAUUCGUUUGAGGACGCUUAGUAACAGCAAGAAGGAUGGCAAGUCCAGCUCUGCGCCAUCCACACCUCGCCCCGGGGACGAAGCCAAUGGUGCGCAGUCCCUCGAUCUGGCCGUGGCUAAGUUGAGCCUCAGCUCGGAGAUCACGCCAGAUGGCCUCUCAAAGAAAGAAGCCGGCAAGCAAGGCGAGGUGAAGCGCCAGAUGACGCCAGCUGCCGAAAUCAAGCAGGCCGACGCACAGAUCCCGACAGAGUUCGGCAGCCGUGUCUACAUCUUCUCUCCCGAUCAGUCGAUGUCCGACAUUCAAGCCCAGGUGGAUGAGGUGUUCAGCGCCCAGGAGACCAAUCAAUUUGGCUCAGACCGCUUCGUUCUUCUCUUCAUGCCCGGCAAAUAUCAGCUUGAUGUGAAGAUCGGCUACUACACCACUGUACACGGUCUGGGUCGCUUCCCUGAAGAUACCAUCAUCGAAGGCGCUGUCCGGGUCAAAGCCGACUGGAUGGAGAACAGCAAUGCCACCUUGAACUUUUGGAGAGGCGCCGAGAAUCUCACAGUCAUUCCGACCAUCGAAGAGGAUCAAAAGAUCCUAGUGUGGGCUGUGUCGCAAGCCACGUUCUUCCGUCGCAUUAGCGUCCAGGGCAAUGUGGUCCUGUCUGACCAUGGUGGUUGGUCCAGCGGAGGCUUCAUCGCCGAUUGCAAAGUCUCGGGUAACAUCGACAAUGGCACACAACAGCAGUUCAUCACUCGUAACACCAGCAUGGGAAGCUGGACAGGCGGGUCUUACGCUCAAGUCUUUGUUGGAGAUGAAGGCGCUCCACCGGAAGACUGGCCCGCCAAGCCCUUCUCCACGAUCAAGCGCACUCCUGUGCUGCGCGAGAAGCCGUAUCCCAUCGUCAACGAAAAGGGGACCCUGCAGAUCGUCGUGCCACAACUAAAGCUCAGCAGCGUUGGACCUAGCUGGGUCGAGUCGCAGGACGCCGGAUGCGAUUCCCCUCCUGCUGAUGUGGUGCUCGACCUCUCUAGCUUCUACAUCGCCUCCCCGCUCAAGGACACUGCCUCGACCAUCAACGCUGCUCUGGACUCUGGCAAGUCGAUCGUCUUUAGUCCUGGCGUAUACCCGCUCGACCAAGCGCUUGCUGUCACGCAGCCAAACACCAUUCUGCUUGGCAUCGGACUCGCCACCCUCAGACCCGAAAAUGGCACGGCCGCUGUGACUAUAUCUGAUGUCGAUGGCGUGACAGUGUCUGGAUUGCUGCUGGACGCUGGCUUCCGCAACUCUGCCAACCUCAUCACGGUAGGGGACGCCAAAUCCGCCCUUUGCCACUCGCACAACCCAAUCGUUCUUCACGACAUUUUCUGCCGCGUCGGCGGUGCUGGCUUGGGCCGCGCAACAACCUGCAUGACCAUCAAUGCUCGCGACACAAUUGUCGACAACACCUGGAUUUGGCGAGCCGAUCACGGUGAAGGUGUCGGUUGGUACGAUAAUCAGGCUGCCGUUGGUCUGCUCGUCGAAGCAGAUGAUGUCACCAUCUACGGGCUCUUUGUUGAACACUUUCAGCAGUAUCAAACGGUUUGGAACGGUGAACGUGGACAGGUGUUCUUCUACCAGAGCGAAUUUCCAUACGACCCGCCCAACAACGCUGUCUGGUCCCAUUCGCGCGUUCCGGGCUAUGCAUCCUACAAAGUUGCUCCCAGCGUCAAAUCCCACUUCGCUACUGGGCUGGGUAUCUACGCCGUCUUCGUCAACGGCGGCGAGGGUGUGGUCAGCUAUACCGCAGUCGAGCAGCCGGUCUCUGAUGAGGCUUAUGCCAUCAAGGUGGUCCUUGUGCGACACGUCUCCAUCGUGCGCUUUGCUGGAAAGGCCGGAACGGGGGUCAAUCACGUCAUCAACGGCCUUGGCAAGGGCAUCGGCGACAAUACCCGUCUAUCUAUGCUCAAGGAUGCCUACUCUGGCGAUGAUCAGACCUCGCCUGACCUGCAAAAAGCUGCUAGCAAAGUAGCUGCAAAGCGCAAAUAGUCGUCCAGGGCUACCGAGCAACGCAGAAUCCGCAUCUAGGUUCCUACAAGCUACCCUUCGUAUCGCAGCCCAGCUUCCAAUGCAUACCGCGGGAUUCUCCUUUUCUUAACGUCGCUUUACGACCCUUGAUCAGACCUGCUACGACAAAUUUUCAUGAGCGCUUAUUGAGCUUCAUCGAUCGAGUUCAGACCUUGCGAAUGGCAUCGUCGUGGCUG